GGUAAAUAAUAAAUAUAAUUGAUCUAUAUAUUUGUUUUAAGUCAACUAUUUCGAAAUUCCGUAAUUUGGAAAGCAAGCUCAAAUAAACAUGCUACCUACGUAGUUCAGUUAGGUUAAAUUCUUGAAUAAUUAUACUCCGAUUAAAUCAAAAUGUAAAAUAUCUUAGGUUAAUAUGCACAUCUAUGAAAAAAUAAUUUUAUAUAAAAAUAUCAUUAAAAUAUAAAUUAAAAAUUAUUUAAUUAAUUACAAAAUAGACUACAAAUAUCCUAACUCCACAAUUUAUAAAGAAAGUUAUACCAUUUUUAUGAUAAGUAUGAUAUGUUCAUUUUUUUAGGUUUUCAUUCUUUUGUUUUGACAAAAAAACAUGUUCUCACUGGGGGAAUGAAAAAUGAAAACAAGUGCUCUAUCGCCCUUUUUCUCCCUCACAAACUCUUUUCUUAAUUUAAAAGAAUAAAAAGCACAUCUAAAAUUACAUCUAAAAUUAAAACUCAGAAAAAGUAUUUAAAAUAUUGAAUUUAGUUUACCGAAAAAAUGUUGAAUUUGGAAAACUAUCCAUCAUGCACAUGUAAAAAACACACGUACAUCACAUAUUACCAUCCAACGGUCACAGCUCAAACCCCUAUAUAAAGUGGUUGCUUCCUUCCCAUACACAAAACAGUCUUUCUUCAGCUGUAAACACAAACACAGAGAGAGAGCAAACCCAUUUCUUGAAAUUCGAUUUCAGACAAAGCAUGAAGAGAGUCAGAGGUUUCAAGAUUGGGCAUAGAUUCGUCAAGAUCUUUAGAUGGAUCCGAUCCAAAAGAACUCAAACAAUGAAACGUCAAUGCCCGACCCGAAUAACAAACCCGAUCGCCGGAAUCCGCUCACUAGCACGAUCUCUAAGCGGUAGAGCCAAGAGACUGUGUGGUGGCAAGAAGAAUUCGGGUCAGAGUCAGAUCCGACUGGGUAAGGAUCCGAGAACGUCUGCGUCGAUAAAGGUUGUUCCGAAGGGACAUUUAGUGGUUCACGUCGGCGAAUCAGACGGCGACACACGGCGGGUUGUAGUACCGGUGAUCUAUUUUAAUCACCCAUUGUUCGGAGAAUUGUUGGAGCAAGCGGAGCGGGUUCACGGGUUUGAUCAACCGGGUCAGAUCACGAUUCCGUGUCGUGUUUCUGAUUUUGAGAAAGUUCAGAUGAGGAUCGCUGCAUGGGAUCACUGUCGCAGGAAGAGUAAUUACAAGAUUCUGUAAUUUGACAUAUUCUUGUCUAAAUUAAAAAAGAAAAUAGAGGCCUUUUGUAAAUAUAUUGGUUUUUUUCCUUGUAUUAUAAACACGGUAUGCCGGUUCAUAAUCGAAAAGAAUUAUGUUUAGCACUAUAAUAGUAGAAAACAUAUUAAAUAAGUAAUACUAGAUGAUUUAUGUGGUUUUUAAUUCUACUGAAACAUUUGAA